AUGAAUCCAAAAGGCAAACUUGUUGUCGGUGUAGACUACGGCACCACCUUCACAGGCGUCAGCUAUGCGAUACUAGGGGAAACUUCUCUGUCGAUUAUUGACCUUGUCCGCUACUGGCCCACUCCCUCUGGGCAACUCACUCACGCCAUCAAAGCCCCAUCCAGGAUAGCGUAUCCUCAAGGCAAUUGCGCGAUUGAGAAAACCAGUUGGGGAUUCCAAAUUCAACACGGGACAUCCGCCUCUUCCUGGACCAAGUUGCUCUUGGAUACAGGUGUGGAUAUGGCCCAGUUCAAUGACAAGGCUUUGGAGGCGGCAACCGCAAUGGGAAUCAUGAAACUACCUCAAGGAAAGGUCGCCAUCCAGGUUGUCACAGACUUUCUGCGGGAGGUCUAUGUGCACACCUGCCGAGAGCUGGAGAAAAAGCUUGUCAAGCUUAGUCCUCUUCGUCUUCGUGAUGUCCAUAUGGAAUUCUGGUUUACGACGCCAGCAGUCUGGUCGGAUCAGAUUCAGUUCGAAUACAAGGAGGCUGCUAUUCGUGCAGGCUUUGGACCAAGUAAUGACAGGCCGGGUGAUACCAUCUACAUGCUUUGCGAGCCCGAAGCCGCCGCACUUGCCACUUUCAAGACAAUGCCACUAUAUGGACCCGGAAUGCAGAUCAAGCCAGGUGAUGGGAUAUUGAUAUGCGACUGUGGGGGCGGCACCGUGGACGUGACAAGUUAUCUAAUAUCGGAGGUCUCUCCCAUGUUGGCGUUUGAUGAACUAACCUCGGCCGUUGGUGGUAUGUGCGGCGCCACAGCCAUCGACCGCAAUUUCUAUCUUCUCAUGUCCGAGAGGUUUGGGGCGGCGUUUAAGGACUUGCCUUUUACACUCAAGGGCCCAGACAGUAAGUUCAUGAACAUAUUUCAGGCCAUUAAGGAGACAUUCUGCUGUUCAGCUGUGGACAGGGUCCAUCGACUUCCCCUGGCCUUGGCCCUCAACAACCCCAACCCCUCUUUCUUUGACGCAAAAUAUCAACAAGUUUUGCUUUCCGGCAAUGACCUUCGUGGAAUAUUCGAUCCGGUGAUCCGCCCGAUUACGCAGCUAAUACACCGCCAGAUUGAAAGCGCCAACCAAGAGGUUGGCCGCUUCAUCAUCAAUGUACAGUCCCUGUUAUUGAAACCAAGGGCCGCAGAGCUGAUUGAAGUCCAGAAAAUUGUGUUAGUCGGCGGCUUUAGCCAGUCACCAUACCUACGGGAAAGGAUUUCAGGAACCUUUGCCGUCGAUGGCAAGCUGGCCAUACUCACCCCAGCAGACCCGCAAGCAAUGGUCAUGCGCGGCGCAGUGAUUCGGGGACUUGGAGGGCCUCAGCCCACCACGAGAAAAUGCCGAAGUCAUUACGGCCUCGAGUGUCCUCUUCUGGUCAAGGGUACCGGAACGGUCCCUGGAUUUGUCUCCUGGGUCCUUGCCAAGGGGGAGAGAUAUGCCCGGAAUCACACGGCGACGCAAGACUUGGUUGUCACCCAUCGCUCAGGGGAUUCUCUGAUGAAGAUCAGUAACCUCUACGGCUGUAAUGAUGCGAACGCCCCACAACGAGUUGACCACCCAGGUGUUUACCUCAUCGCACAGAUCAUGUGUGACUUUGCAAGUGUCGACCUUGCUCAGUUCCCGCAGUCUCGGACGGGCGCACAAGUGGAGUAUCUCUUGGGAUAUUCCAUUGAGGUCACCUUUGGCGCCCAGGGUGACCUCAAUUGCAAGGCCGUCUGUCAGGGUCGAACAGUUGGGGAAACUACCGUCCACUUUGCCCGAGAGCAGUGGUAG